AUGCACCUACAAGACCACCGCAAACAACAGAGUCGCCUCCAAGACGCCGCUUCGCACUCCAUUGGACUCUCAAAAUCGUCCUCUACCCUCAGCUGCGAAGACUCGUCGCUCUAUAUCCACGUUGCCAUGUCCGACCAACAUUACAUGGACCGAACUUCCGUUCACUCAGACGGAUACACAGACCCUGUUUCUGGAAGGUGCUCUCCGUGUGCUCAGCCUCCCACGACUACCUACCCAGACCUCACCAGCCCUCCAUACUCUAUAACCACGUUCAACCAAAACCAGCAAGGCGAACCGCAUCUGUUGACACCAGUGUCCGGUGUUGGCUCUCCUUCUAUGCAACAAAACGCCAAAAUGAUGCAGCAGCAGCACCCAGCCACGACAGCAUCCAUGUACCAGCAGCCUAGCCCCUCCACAACCUCGAGGAUGUGCUGGCCCAAUUCUUUCGAUAUGGGCGCACCUCACAGUCAGGCUGCUUCCCCUCUGCCCAUGAACCCUUCGACAACAGAGAGCCACUUUGAAAUGAACUACAUCUCCGCCGAAACCCCGAUCAAAGACGAGAUCCCCGAACCUCCUGUCCCCUAUUUCGGUGCCUACGGUGUCUCGGGGCAACAGGACUCAGAUCAGGGCUCUCUGUCUCCUCCCAUGCACUCGGCUUUCUACAUGCCCACGGAUGGCUCCAUGCUUAACACAACAUCUCUUUUGCCCACUCCAGACCUGACGAUGGCUCACCAGUCCAUGGGACGCACUCUGGCACCAGCCAAUCAAAUGCCCUUCAACGCACAGCCGCAUGUUUAUCAACCUCAGACCGGUGGUCUUUCGGACAGGGACGAUAUAACCAGACGGCCGAGUUACCCAUGGGCAUUCCCUAGCACACAAGUCACCCGCCCAAGCAGCAGCGACAGCAGCCCCCGCUCCCGUCAACCGCGCGUGAAGAGGGAACCUCGCAUGAGAAAUCGCUGCGACGAGGCUAGCACCAAGGCCGCUGCUACUAGACUUGUCCACCAAUCACCUCAAGUGAAGUCGUCAGAGCAAGGCGAACCCCAACUCAUCAUCAAGUCCACCUGCCCCCCAGAAGAGCGUUUUCUCUUCCAGAGACGAUUUGAGUUAGAGGAGCAAAAGGGAGGCGGCAUCUGGGGAACCAUUCAGGAAGAGUUUAACCAGAACUUCCAACAACAUUCCGAUAUUCCUCGCCUUCAAAUGAUGGUGACAAGAGGACGACCUCAAUACCUCGAAUGGCCACAGACAGAUGAUGAAAUACUUAGAGAGUCCAUGCGAUUCGUCGAGCAACAAUACUGGAAGAUGACCUACCAGAAAUUUAAGGAGCUCGGCGGUGGCUCGGCAGCGCACUGGGGUCUCGCUGAUAUCGAGCACCGCGCGGUCGAGAAGGGCUGGGCGAACAUCUACUACGAGCCCUCUCCGGUGGAUCAGAGUAUGAACAUCCGCAGACGUAAGAAGCUCAACACGCGCCGCAGGUCCGCUGUCAUGGACGGCAUGCCGUUCGAGACGGUACACUUGAGCGAGGACCAGCGGGAACAGCUUGUCGACGACAUCAUCGUGGAGAGGGACAUCAAGCCCGAAGAUGAGGAUGAGGAGGCAACGCGAAACGACCUGCAGCACAUGCGGCUGGCGCAUGUGAGGGGCCCCCCUGCGAUCAAGCAGGAGGAGGGACUUGUUGGCAACGGCGGACGGGUGGCCAAGAGCCAAAAGCCGUCAGUAGCAAAGACCAAGAACAGGUCCCGUGCUCAACGGACAAAAGCUGCUUGA